AUGAGCUACUGGUAACAAGUUGACUGUAACUUUGAAUAAAUAGGAUAUGGGAUGAUAUUUAGUACCAAUACCAUCAACGCUGAAGCAGUAGAUGUAGAGUGUUAUUGUAAAAUUAUGACGUGUACGAUUUUAAUUAUUUAGCAUAUAUUUUAAGUAAUGGAAGUGUUGAAACUUUAUUUGCAUAUUUUUGGAUAAUUGUAGAAAUAAAAUUAUGGAGAAAGAAGAAGCUAUACUAACUGGAUAUCUUUGGACUCCACCACAAGGAAUAAGUCUUUUGAAGAAAACUUGGAAGAAAGGAUUCUAUGGUCUCUACACAGCAAGCAAACGUGGAAUCCAGAGGCUGGAAAGUUUUGAAACAGAAGAGCAAUUUUUGCGGCAAGCCCCUAAUAAGAUUUUUAUCCUUACUGACUGUGUAAAAAUCACUGCUGCUCCCCAGAAACAACAAGCAAAUGUUUUUGAGGUGAGGACAAAAUGUCACACACACAUAUUUUCAGCAGAAAGUUUCCAAGAGAUGACGAAGUGGAUCACUUGUCUGCAGAGUGUUGCUUUUGGUAUUCCUUUACCAUCAUCCUCUUCCAGUGACCAACAAGAUACUUGUUCAAACCAACACAAUCCACAAUCCAGUAGUUCUGGUGUACACCAAGAGGAGAACCUACUGUAUAGUUCUAUGAAUGCUCCUGAAGUUUACGAAGUUCACAUUGUAGAAACAGAAGCUUCUAGUCGGUGUACAUUAUUGGGUGAUUACUAUUUAAUUGUCACUUCUGUAAAUAUAUCCUUAGGAGAAAAGGGUCCACAAGGUCAGGUAGGUCGCGUACUAUUCACUUGGCCAUUUCGACACAUCCGUCGCUAUGGAAGUAGCCCAACAAAAUUUUCCAUUGAAGCUGGUCGGAAAUGUACUUCUGGUGAAGGACUGUUUAUAUUUGAAACAAAAGAUGGAAAUGUUGUAUUUCAGAGUGUUGCAGCACAUGUUAAUUUGUUGAAAAUGUCUCGGAGUGAAGUUAAUCUCUUGGAAAAUUUUAGUGGUGGCUCAGGACCCACUUACUUUGGGAAACAGGCAGCUGCUAGCCAUGAGAAUCUCCACAUGCUUACUCAAGUGGGGAAAGUCUGCCCAGGAGUGAUCAAGGAUACCUACCCAUAUAAUAAAACUACCAAGAGCUCUCCUGAAAGCAUUUUCCAUGAAUUCAGAAAUGAAGAUCAAAAGAGUAAGAGUCUUAAACCACUUCCUCCUAUAACGAAACCUCCAAGAAAAAGUAAAGGACUUACUGGCAAAAUAACACCAACCAAAGACAUGGCAAAACCGAUACCUAAAGUAGAACAUGUAUAUGAUGAACCUGAUAGUUCAAACACACAGUUUGAUGUCCAUGAAUUACAAUACGUUGAACCUCUGUAUGAUGAACCAGAAGAAAAUGAACAAAAACAAACUAUAGGAGAGAAUGAACAAGAUGAGGUAGAUGGGCAGUGUGAAGAACCCGUUUAUGCUGUUCUUGAAGAAAAUGCAAAUAGACAAGAGAUUAGUAGUGAACAAAAAGAUGGUAGUCUAGCUGAGAUAAGGACACUGUUAGUAACAGAUGUACCCAAAGACAUCGGCAGUCUUUCACUAAGUAGGAAAGUCAUUUCUGCAAAAGGAGCUAAUACAAUAUUUCAACAGAACGAGAAAGAUUUGGGUGGAAGAUAUGCUAGUUUGAAUCCUACAAAGAGGCACAUCUAUGGAAAAAUAAAUCCUAUUAACAAAUCUCCUGCAGCCAACAUUGGAAGUGAGUUGGUCAGCCCAAUUAAUCAGUCUACUGUGUGGUACUCAGAAGUGGAAGUUGCACGGCACAGUCGAGAUGAGGGGGAGACAACCAAGAAACAAAACGUUAAUCCAUUGGUGGGUGUUGAGUAUGCAAAUAUGAUUGCCUCUCAAGGACCAACUAGAGAGCUGAUGGUUCUCCAAGAUCCAAACCAUGAGUCUUCCAAUGACAGUGUUCCUUCACAUUUCAUGUACAAUGAUACUGAAUAUGCACAGGUACUUAAAAAGACUGGAAAAGUUAAGUGAAAAUUUGUGGAAUCAGUUUAUAGAUAUACCUUAAAAAAAAACUGAAAUUUUCUUAUUGGAUGUUAUUAUUUUAUUUUGCUUAGUGAUAUUAUCAGUGUAUCUUUCCUGACAAAUUAUUAUGAAAGUAUGGAAUAUCUGAAAAUAAUACAACGAUUAUGCACAGUGAUUUACUCAUCAGAAUUGCACUGUUGCUUGAACUGGUGGUCCUUGAGAUAUUACCCAUGCUGCUUAUUCAACCUUCUUACUAUCUUCUACCAUAUAUGAUGGAAGGAUUUCUAGAGCACUCCCAAGAAGUUGUGCAGUUUUCACUAUCAUCUUAUAUGUUUAGUUAACGGAAUGCUCAGGACUUUGUUUCCAAACAUCACCAAAAUUAUUCAUACAAAAUCUAGUUUUUAUUUUGAAAGUUUUAUGUAUAUAGCUGUUGAUUUUCUUUUCUUCAUUCACAAAUUUUGAGAAAUUUUUGCGGUUGUCAUAAAUUUGAAUAAUCUUUUAUUUUAUAAAUUUUCUAUUUACCUAAACCUACAAAUUAUAAUUUUAUAUUUUGAUACAAGCAAGCAGCCUUGUAGUGUUUUGGAAUUUCUAGCAAAAAAUAAAAUAAUUCCAAGAAUUUAAUUCUUCACGAUCCUUUAAUAUUGUUUGUUCAACAUGUUUACCUAUAAUCUUGUAGCUAACAGUUUGUGCUUUGCUUAAAAUUAAUUUCCUUUUGAUGAUCCCCAAACAAGAUCACGUGUAUACAAGUGCUGUCAUUAACCAGUUGGUUUUUUGUAUUUCUUCUGCAGAUAUUUCAAGGAUGCUCAAAAACAGGUUAUGUGUAUUGUAUACAGAAUUUAGUGAUAACUAGUCUAAAACAAUUUUGGUGUGGACUGUGUGGCCACCUGUAUUCACCCACCUGGCAAACUGUGCUAUGCAAUGAAAAUUUGUCAUUGAAUAAUAAGUUUUAUGUGGAUUAUAAGGGUUAAUAUUUAUAAUAAUUGAUUCAGUUUCAAUUGCAAUAUUUUGCCAGUGAAAAUGGCUAUGUAACAAAAUAUAACAUAAAUAGUAUCUCUAGAUUGCAACCAGAAUUCUUUUUUAUAUUAUAAACUUCAUUAGGGUCUGACUUUUUUCACUAUUUAUAGCUGUAUAUGAUUGAAUGCUCAUUUUUGUAAGAAUAUGAAGGAUAAACCAGUCUGAUGAAGAAGUAUCAUCUUCUUGAUGAUCAUGUUGAGCCUUUCCACUAAGACUGAAUGCUAUAACUUGCUUGUUUGAGCUUUAUUGUUAGUAGUACUCUACAGUGGUCAAAGUCCAGCUGAAAAGUUUAACUGGUAUCAGGUUAUUUAAGGAUCCAAGGUUACAACCAAGUAGUGUGUUGUGAUAUUGUUCUGUUGUAGAGCGAUUCCUUGAUUUCAGAUCUAGUCCGAGUUUUAAGAAUAACAAACACAGCUCUGAUUCACCCAGAAAUUUUAGAUCUGGUUUGCACUUAGACAUAUACUGUUGCCUAGGGCCUUCUGACCUUUUAAGUAGUGUGUUUUCAUAUGGAUAUUAAACUUUAAUAAAACUAAUAAACACUGUAGGUUCUUAUAUUUUGUUCACAUCAUAACCUUUGUUGCAACAAUCACCUUCGGUCAUAGGUUUCAUUUAAAUGAUAGUUUAACAUGUACUUAUAACUUAGCAACAUCUGUAGAUCUAAGUUCGGUUUUAAUAUUUGAGAUAGCUAUCUGUAUCUUGUUUACACUUCAGCAUGAAUGAAUUAUGGUAUAAUUACUUUUGAGAUUACUCAUCUACUUGCAUGAAAUAAAAACAAUUCUUCUUUCUAAGGAGAGUUAUAAGUAAUGCAUGUAAAUUGAAUUGUAAACAAUAUCAUUAGUCUUUGUUUUUAGCCAGUUAGUGUGAAGAAAAUUAUUAUAGGAAAGUAGUGUUGAUUUUGACCAACUUGUAUGUAAAAUAAUAUAGAAAAGCCGUAUUUUUGUUACUGUCUUGUAUGAUAAUGAAUACAAUAAAAAAUAGUGUUUUUUAACUCAUUAUUGUGAAAAAGAAUAUUAUUAGAAACUAACAUUCUCUUGUGUGGAAAACUAAUAUUGGAUAACAGAGUUUACUAACCAUUUAACUUUUAAGUUACAAUCAUUAUGAAAAUUAUUAGAGGAUUACAUGUAGCAUUUCAUUAGCUUCAGGGGGUGGCAGGUUGGCAUGAGUGAGGAUGUAUGCCAACUGUAUUUUCAAGUGUACUGAAUAUUGACACAUUUAUCUAUAAAUUCCUCCCUAUUGGUCAAUGCCUUCAUAUUAAUGUAACUAUUUCAAUAUAUUAUCUAAUUUGUAAUUGAAAUGUCCCAAAGUUACAUAUGGGCUAAACCCAAGAACUUCUGGAAGUUUAAUAACAAUCAGAGCUGGUAAGAGACACAUGUUGAGACAGUUACAAAGAGGAAAAUGUAUGUGUUAUUUCACCGAAGUUAUCGUAAAAUAUACACAAGUCAUAAUUUAAUAACAUCGUCAUAGGCCCCCAGUGGCAUGUCUGCAAGACUUAUACUGCUAGAAACUGGGUUUUGAUACCUGUGGUGAGCAGAGCACAGAUAAUCCAUUGUGCAGCUUUCUGCUUAACUACAAACAAACACAUCAUCAUAGACAUUUAUAAUAACAGUAAUAAGGCUCUGACCAUCCACAACAAGAUGUAGCUCUCUGUCAGAUUAUUAUGAUCGUGACUUGGUUUUUACCUACCACUGAUGCACUGGCAAGGCAUGUUAGCAAGCAUGUUUGUUGAUGUGAUUCAAAUGUGUGAGUUGCUCUAACCUCCAGACUCUGUGCCAGACCUUUCAUAGAUAUCUGUAGUAAGUUUAUACUGUUGAAUACUGGUCACAUUCCCUUUCACUGUGACAUUCCAAACUUCAAUUGCUAUUUGUCAUUUAAUUUCACAGUGAUGAAGCAGUAGUAUGAAAAUAGCACAAUAUUGUACAUGUUUAAUAUUUUCUUAGCGAGAAAGAGUAACAGCAUGUAAACUGACCAGUAGUAGAUAAUUUCUCAGUAGACUGACAAAUGAGUCAGAAAGUUUGUAUAUAUAUUUGAAGUUCAAAUUUAAAACAGACCAAAGUGUCAAUUGUUGCUGCAAUAUUUUCAUUAUGAAAGACCAGAUUUUGUUCUUUGGGCAUUAUUAGCAUUUGAUAAGCAUUGAUUUUGUUCAGUUGUUCAACUGUGGCAUCUGGCCGUAGCAGUUAGAUAAUUGGAGAUGGUAUUGAGAUACCGAAGUUUAGGCCUCAUCUAUGCUGGCAACUUAGCUUGUAUAGGAGUGGUAUGUCCCCUACAUUUUCAGGCCUCAUUUUUGAAAUUAGAAUUAACAUAGUUAGUAGCUGUCUGGGUAGAAAACAAAUUAUCCUGUGGUUAUAUUCCCAUUGAUAUAGCCAAUCAAUAGUUGACAGGUGAAUAUGAAUGUCUUUGAUCAGUUCUAUUUCUCACUAUAUAUCUCAUCAUUUUGGGUAAGAGAUUGGAGUUGGUGACCCUCUUCUGGGUGUUCGGUAAGUCUUCCAUGUAAGUUACAGGACCGUUCUUAUCUUAUUAGUUUUUGUCGGUGCCAAAGAAGAAAAAAAAAUGCCUUUCUCAAAAUAUUUUAGUAAUUUCUAACCUUUGCUAGAGUUGGAUGUUUAACAUUUAUUUGCUUUCUGUAUGUCUCUGCGAGGUUCUGUUUUAUUGGAUAGCAGGUUGCAAGACAACUACAUAUUGCAUAUUUUAGUAUGCCAUGGAUGAUAUUAGGAGUGCAUAUAUCAGGUAUUUUUGGUGAUCAUAUUUAAUGCAUUUAACAACAGAUAUAUAUAUUGUUACAUAGUGUAAACAUUACAGGUUUGAAAUGUAUAGUGGACUGUUCUUGUCUUCUUUCUUGAUGGGAUGACAUUGUAUUCUCUGUGAAGGAGCCUUCAAUAAAGAAACUGUCAAGUUAUCCAACUCAAGAAGCAAGGUGAAAGUAGUCCAUUAAAACCCCACAAAUCUAUAUGUUUAUAUAUUAUUGUACACUAAAAGGGGUUAAUUAUUAGAAACAAGUGAUAAGAUUUUUCAUUACUUGUAUAUUUUUAUUUUCAAUAUUAAUAAAUUUAUAGUGUGUUAUAGAAUAAUUUUUAUAUAUUUUUCUAUAAAAUAAAAAUAUCGCUCAAAUUGGAUAACAUUUGAUACCAUGAUGAACCAGAAGAAGUACAGUUUAAAACUGUCGUUUUUAUCUGCCUAGCCAAGAUGUGCUGAUGUUCAGAAACUGGGAAUUUGUAUCCAGUAUGUGUAAGAGUUGUAUAUGUUUAUCAUUGCAAGAACUAGUUGGAAAAGGAUGUGGCAUCUAAUACUUUCCAUGGGAAAGAGUAGAAAGGUGUGAGUAUUAAAAAAAACAACCAGAAAAACUCUACACCUGUACUAGAGAUAUACAAUAUAAAGAUAUUAACAAGUAAUUUUAUUUGAGACUUCAAGUUGAAUUGGUUGAUGAAUAAAUUAAAGUUGUGGUUAUAAACAAACCAUAGUGAAAAUACAUAGCAAAGUUGUUGUUUUUUCAAACAUAUGUGCAAGAAAUUAAUUGGUUUUAAAGAAAAUAAUUAUAUUUUUUAAAUAAACGUGUGUAUUUCUCACUGUUUAUGAAAAGUUUGUGGAUGAAAGCACCAGCUCACAGAAUUCAAUUAGAGCAACAGUUUGCAUACCAAAAUAUUAAAUCAUAUACUUUUAUUUUAAAAUGAAAAUUGCAUGUAGACCAAAUUUUAAUCAAGGUCAUGGUAUAUUUUAUAUUGUUCCGACUGUUAAAAGAAGCGAGAACUACUAAUGUACAACAAACUUACAGAAUAUAAUUUUUAUUCUAGCAGAUUUAUUUAGGUGAUUAUACAAAGAUCUGUGUAAAACAGAAAAUAUGCUCAGGGUAAGAUGCUUCAAUUUACCUUUGGUUUCCUUAGAAACAGUGAGAGAUUUAUACCUGUUUACAGUUGAAAAUUAGUUAAAAAAAAACUGCACUACAUGUAAUUGAAAUAGUGAGUUAAGCUAAUCAUGUGGUGCUUAUGGAAGGAGAGAAUACUAGGGUUUGAACCUGGGAGAAACAACAUAUUAUCAAGAAGAACACAUUAUGAAUGUAUUAUUCAAGCUAUGUUGUUUUCUUUUAUAUCGUACAGUGUACAAAGAGUAUUAUUCAUUGAUUAAACUGAAGUUUAUCAUGGUGA